CAACAGAGAAGAAGAAAGCAGAAGAAGAGACAGAACAUCAACACCAGUGAAACUAUGGCAGAUGACAAGAAUCCUCUGAGCCAGCUCAAGGAUCUGGUGGAGCUGAAGGACCAACUGGAAGACAUUCAGAGACGGGUGGAAGAUGAGAUACAGGCUGGGGUUCCUCCAGGAGGCAGUCUUCUUGCUUCUCCUUUCCUGAAGGGUUUUCUGGCCGGGUACAUUGUUGCAAGGCUACGCUCCUCAGCGUUGAUGGGUGUUGCUGUAGGAACGUGCACAGGAAUCUAUGCGGCACAAAAUUAUGCCGUUCCCAACAUUGAAAACAGCGUCAAAGACUACAUACGCAACCUGAGAGGAGGACGCAAAUGAGAAGAGAGCAGGAAAAGUAAGAAAACAAGAAGAGUCUUCAAGAAGAGGAUGCCGGUACAGCUUCAUACGGGAACAGAUAUGUAUUUCAACAUUUCAAAACCUUUUAGUAGUUAUUAUUUUUCAGCUUCCACAUGGAUCAGUAAAAAAAAAUAUAUAAAGUCAACUUAUGGAGUAUUUCUUUCAUAUUUUUGGGGAUUCAGUUGAAACAUAUUCACCUGAACCCUUCCUACAUGAGUGUUUAGAAUCCGUGACUGAAAUACAUUUUGUAAUAAAUAAAAUAUUGACAUGCAGGUGGAAAGGAUUACAAUUCAGUUAAUUUAAACCCCCAUAUUUCUUUCCAAUGCGGUCAAUGAUUGAAAUUUUGACAAACUGCUGCCUACAGUAGUCAUUACAGCUGCUAUAAUUGAUUUAAUUCAUUCUGACCUCAAACCGUUCCUGUCUGAAAACACAAUAUGGGCUCAAGAUUUAUUGAAAACGUAAUGAGACUGUGUGUGUGUGUGUGUGUGUGUGUGUGUGUGUGUGUGUGUGUGUGUGUGUGUGUGUGUGUGUGUGUGUAUACAUGUAUGACCAGGGACAUUAUUUCUGUCGUCUUCUUUGUUGUCUUCUGCCCUCUAGUGGUCAGACAAUCAAUUAUAGCAGCCUUAACUAAUUUGCACUUAUUUGCUCAGGGGUUGAUAGAGCAUUUAAAAUUGUCUCACCUCACAUGACAUUGUGGUCUUCAGUGUAAAACCUGUCAAAGACUUUCAUGGUUCACACUGGGCUGUGUCUUGGCAGGCACCUCUUCAUGUGAUUAUAGGUCAAUUUUUCACUUGGUAAAACGUUUUUAUUUUUGAAUUAUAGUCAUCAUGUUUGUAGAGGUUCAUGAAAAAUAACAUAAGGUACACUUUUGAGAGAUUUUUAUAAUUGUAAAAUUACACACUGCAUUCAAAAACACAAAAAAGUACUCCUAGAAAUGUUAAAUUUCUCUCUCUCUCUCUCUUUCUCUCUCUCUCUCUACACUGCAAAAAAGUCCUUCAGACUUCAGUCUGAAAGAGCUGGAAACACAGUUUAAUAGGCUAUCAAAGGAAAAUGUAUGCCAAAGUGAAAUAUUUGUUUAGAGAUGUGGUGUUUUAUGUUAAAGAUAUAUUAAGAGUGCCUACUCUGGUCUGAACUUGAUAUUAUCAUCUCAUGCCAUGUGUGCAAUAGCCUUUCCUGAUGGGAGUUGGCUGCCUAUUUCAUAUGCUGGAAACUAGUUGAUCUUUUUGCACUUGUAUGGAAUUUAGGUAUCUAAAGUUGUUAUUUUGUCAUGCAGUAAUCAGUGAUUAUGUUUUUUAUUCUAAAAAUAUCAAAACCUGUCCUGGAAAAUCAGCGGUAUAGUGAAACGCACAGAAAAACACCUAAACAGUACCACACUUAUAAUAAGUAAGUAAGAUAAUACAGUAGACAUGCAUCAGAGUUUAAAUCUUCAUGUUGUCUGGCAGAUAUUUCACGUAAUUGGAUAACCUAAAAACAUUUAUUUUAAACAAAUUUAAACAAAAAAAUAAGUUGUCUACUCUAUCGGCAGUGUUGCACAAAUGUAUUAUUGAAAUACGCUUUAUGUAUUUAAGUUUGUCAGAUUAAAACUACAUUUCUUAAAAGUUUUACACAUUGUAAACACUACAGUAUAUGCUGAUAUGAGAAUAAAAACAAAUUAUGGAACAUAUUCAGCACAGUCUAAAACAAAUAAAUUCUAAUCGAGGAAAGGUGUGUAAAAGUGCACUGAGAUACACGACAGCAACAUUAGAUACCCCAGGUCCUGAAUUGCUGCCAUUAAACGCACAAUGCUUGUGUACACAGUCAGGCCUGUUGCAUGUAUUAGAAAAAGAAGCCAUAAACAAACAUAUUCAAGUUCAGAUUGAGGUUUUGCCCAUUUUAGGUUAUACUGACUGAAACUAUUAGAAAACUAUGUGUACUGUAUAUUUGAUAACUGGAAUCCUGAAACAACUUGUGCCUAUUUACAAUCAUUGUGUUGCUGUCUAUGUUUUGCAUGCUCUUAGUUUCAUUUCCUGUCUAUUAUGUUUUUGCAUGUGUUCUCGUUUUUUUUUUUUUUUUUAAUAAUACUUUUCUUUAAACACUUGAUAUGAUGUGGGAUAUGGAGUGACCGGUCUACUGAUGGUGCUUCAUCUCACUGGCUAAUGUAACCGUGUUGUCGUCUGUACAUCAGUGCAGAUUAAGUUCAAUUAAACAGUUUGAAAUUCCAUUGUGAUAUUGUAAAAGAAAACCACAGAUACUGUCUUUUAAUCGAUUUAUUUGUGUUGAUCAAAUAAAUGGGGAAAAUACAGUUUACAAUUUUCUCAAAACUGAA